AUUUCUCAAUACAAUUGCACACAUACAAUCUAAUCAAAAUCAUUUUACAAAAUUCUUGAGAGAAUAAAGAGUUCCCGAAUCAAAUAGAGAUCAAUAAUAUGUCCGAAUUUAAUUAUUGGGUGCCUUUAAGAGCCCUUCUUCUUGGUUUACUUGCAAUUGCUCUCAGUUUUAUCGCUUACGCCAGAAGAGUCAGGGCUUCAGAAGUUCACAAUGUUAAUGGGAUCUGCACAUAUCCAAACGGUUCAGCGUGGUAUUUUGGUUUAAUGGCUGCAAUAGCUCUUCUUGCUUCGCAACUUGCAAUUUGUGUUGGCAUGAAAUGCUUUUGUUGCAAUCGUAACGUACAUUUUACUAAAAAAUGUAUUGCUGUUAUCUCCAUGAUAUUCUUCGUUCUUUCCUGGAUUGCAUUUGUGAUAGCAUUCACGGGACUUAUAAUUACAGCAAUCGUGAACAACCAUGACUUCCUAGUAGACCUGGUUAUUGGACAGAGUAGUCCAAUGGAUAUAGGGUUAGGGUCAAGUUAAUAGGGCUUUUAUUGGGCAGGGCUCUUAUUGGACAGGGCCUUUAUUGGACAGGGUCAUUAUAGGGUCAAAUUUAUACUACAAUUAUUUUGAAAAUUAAAAUAGUAAUGAUACAAAAAAUUACGUGUAUAGCUUCGUAUUUACUUGUACUUGCACAUGACUCUUUUGUUUUUCAUUUUUUAUUGCUCGUUUAUUGACCCGCCCACUAAUGACCCGCUAUUGACCCGCAACCCGCUUUUGACCCGCCCAUUAUCGACCCGCUAAAAAUGACCCUUUCAAUACCCGACCCUCUUUUGACCCGCACCGACCCUGACCCGCCCCGCCCGAUAACCAGGUCUACUUCCUAGUAAAACAACAUCCUCGUACCAACAAUGGUGGUACUUGCUUCACCGGCCCGGAACCAUUGUUCCUAAGUUCUGCGAUUUGGUGCAUAAUUACAACCGUGUUCGGUCAAAUCUCGUACAGCAUUUGGGCCUGUAGUGUCGAUAGAAGAGACAAUAGUGUACAAGUUGGAUAUGCUCGUUCAUAUGAACAAGAUCAAGGUGUUGCUAUGGGACAACCUCUUCAUACACAACAACAACAACUACCAAAGGAACAAUGUUGAUCAUAUAUUAUAUUUAUAUGAUUGAUUGUUGGUUGAAGACGAGGAUUUAUCGAAUAUAAUCGAAGAUGGUCGAAAAUAUGUUUUUAAUAUAUUCUUUUUUUAGAUGUUUUGAUUUUUUAUAUUCUUGAGGAUUCUUUUUAGUUACUUGUUGUAAGUGAGUAAUGGUGUUAUAUAACUUGAAUACAAGAAUUUAUUAAGUCAAAUAGUUGUAAUUGGUAAUGUACUAAUGUGUAAUGUGAAAUAGAUGUAAUUUAUUAAGUGAAAUGGUGUUACGUAACCUAA